GCAGCAUGAGGGACUGUUGGUGCUUCCUGGCUCCCCCGCAUACCAGGACUGGGGAAGGAAUCUGCGCCUGCGGAGGGAGAGCACCAGGUGUGUGUGAGUCAUACUGUGGGGGGAGCGGCAGCCCUAUCCCCACUGGAGAACCCCACUGCAGGCAUUCCCUCAACCCCAAGCUUCAAUUCCUACACCCUUCCUCUGCUCCUCCAUCCACCUUUUGUCCCUGCAGACCCAAGCCUGUGCCCUGCAGCCGCAGCCACCCCAAUCCCACCAGAACAUCCUCAAAGCUGCUGUCUGUCCUUUCCCAACCCUCGAGGGCAGGCAGCCAGUGUUGGUUCCUGCAGUUUACGCCUGGGGUUCCCCAUCUGCUGGCUGGGCUGGCCCCAAGGGAGCACGUGGUCCUCCUGAUGGCACUGAUCAAAGCGUGCAAACCCGAUCCUAACCCUAACUCUAACCCUACCCUUAGCCCCAGCCCCUCACCCCGCCAGCCCCUCGCCCUGCUGAGCACAGGAACACAUGAAGCACCAGGGCUGAGCCUCUCCCUGCCCUACGCGUGCCUGGCAGACGCCCUCACUGCCGGCUUAAUGGGAAGGGAGAGAAAAGCUGCUUUCUGCAGCCUGGGGUGCAGUUCCAACCCUGCAUCAUGCCGAGCAGUGAGUCACACGGCACAGCUGGAGCGGAGCUUUGGGCUGCAGAUCUGCACUGCUCUACCCCAGAGCACUGCCAUCAGCUAUGAGUGGGGGGCAGCAAAGCCUGGGUGGGAUUCCGGAUGGGAUUCCUUUGCAGUCUGGCAGCAAAGCCUGCAUAUGUGUGCAUGCAUGCAGUGUGGUGGCUCUCCUUCCCCGCAGCAAGGGAUGCGCAGGCUGCAGAGAUCCCUGCCCAGCAUCUCCAGCAAGGGCAGACAGAGAGGGAGGGGGCAGCUUCCACUCCAUCGUGAGCUGGUGGGGGCUCAGUCCUGCCACUGGGCUGAGUGACUAGGGCUGGGGACAGCAGGGGGCUGGUGCUACGCAGGUAGGAGGGACUGGGGGGGCCGCCCGCAGCAGGGCCAGUUGGGACAUGCUCCAGGAAUGUCUCCCAGCAGCAGCCGCCGCCGGCUGUCCCAGCAAAGCUUGGCACUGCUGCUGUGUGCCAGGGGAGCACCUCGUGGCACCCUAUGUCACGAAGGCAUGGCGCAGCAGGGCAAAGCCUCGAGCAGAAAGCCCUUCUCUGCCCAGAGGAAUGCUCUCACUGCUGGUUCACGGCCACCCCAGCACGCUGGAAUUGAGAAGCCCCACUCAGGCUCUGGGACAGCAGAGGAGGACAAUAGGGGAGGGCUGUAGUGCCCCAGCUGCAGGGGACCACCCAUGCAGCCCAGUUCAUCCAGCAGAAAUUCAGCUCCAUGGUCCUGAGCACGGGCUGCGCCCCUCCGCUCCCAGCCCCAUUGCCCCCACCCACAGCAGGAUAUGGCUGAGCAGAGGGAGCCCAGCUUGCUCGUGGGGAUGGACGGAAGCACAAGGGGUGGGCAGCAGCAAAGCUACCCCUGCAUUCUACGUGGGGCUGGUGCUGCCUUUCCCCAUGCUCACCCCAUGGGUCCUGGCACAAGUUUCUAUCUGCUGCUUCUUUGCAGCAGCAAAGUACCUGCCCUGGGGGCACGUCGGUACAGCUGCGAUCACUGAGCUCCCUGCCCUGCCCUGGCUGUGGGCUCUGCAGGCACGCACUGGGGUGAUCUGGUGCACAGCUUUAUAGGGCUCUGAGGGUUUGUUCUUCCUUCAGACAACAGCAGAGGCGAUCAGUGCUUGGGCCCAAGCAAUACCUGUCCCAGCCCUACGCCCCCUUCUCUUUGUAUAGUCCUGUUCCAAUCUCCCUUAUUUUCAGCCUGGGCUGCAAAUCCCAGCACAAGGAGGAUGGGGUGGUUGCUCAAUGCUUCCUCCCUGCCUCUACUAAAGUGUUUCACAACCCUCAUCCACACCCCUCUAGAAGGGACCCGUGGCUCCAGGGCAGAUCUGGCAGCGCUCACGCAGAGUCCCCACCACACAGUGCCAGCACAGGAACGUUUGAGAAGAUGUCCCUAAGCACACCUUGGGUCAAGGCACAUAAGUAAUGGCGCACACUGCUUUACCUGCAGGGUGACAUUGUGCAUCCGUACUGCUUACAUCAGUUAGAAACACUGGGUUCCCAGCAGCACCUCCAUUUAAUGCUGCCUGCAGCAUGCAUGGCGUAUGGGAAGCAUAAAGCUCCAGGCAGUGCUCUGCUGGGACGUCCCAUGGCCGGGGAAUGGAGACUGCAGAGGGAUGGGAGCAGUCCUGUUGUGGACACGGGGAUCUGUGCUGCAGAGGGAUUUGCGCAGUGCACGGGACCAGACUUGUCCUCGGCACUCUCCCCUGAGAGGCUGUGCCAUUGCUCCUUCGGCUCUUUGGCUGGGCGCCCGUCUCCAGAAGAAAAGAAUAAAAAGGACCAAACAUCCGCCCUGCCCCGCCAGGGUGCAUCGCUGUCUGUCACCAUGGGAACUCAUCCCCUGUGCGGACCCAUCCGGGAUGACUUCAUAUCUCCGUGAGCAGGAGGGCUGCGUCACCGCCAUGGCACAGAGCCGGCAGCCGCGUGGCGCACGCAACGACCCUCAGCCCCACAGGCAGGGAACAGCACCGGGAAGGCAGAGGGCGGGAGGUCUGCGCCCAUGGGGACAGCUAUAGGAACAAAGUGAGGGCUCUCACGGUGGUGCCACGCUCACCUGUGAGUCAUAGCUGCGUGCAAGGCAGCAGGAGAUGGCUGUGUCCCCACAUCACUGGGGCUGCGGCCAAAUGCGGCACAUCUGGAGCAACUAUAAACAACGUGGGGAAGCGGGACGGCCGCGGCCACAUGUGGUUUGGAGCAGGGGAGCCUUCAGCCUCGCAGUGGGGGGGAAGGGGUGGGAGCGCAGAGCAGCCCCAUGGAGCCUGGGUGCAGGGCACGCAGGGCUGGGUGCGCUCAUCAGCCCCUUCCUGGGUGCCCAAUGAGCCAGGGCAGCACCUGCUGUGGGGGUACAGCUGCUGUGCCCACAGGCAGUCAUCGCCCCACAGAAGCCCGCCUGGCAGCUGCCUCCAGGCCUGACGGGCAGCACAAUUUCUGCUUCCUGAUGGCUAUGAGCAGCGCUCGGGAACCCCAUGAUCUAAAUGGAGAAGUCACAAUUUUGGCACAUGUGAAUCUGCGCGCUGCUGAGUUGGAUGCUGAGGUCAGAACACCAGUUUUCUGAAGCUGAAUGUGUAUCAAAUCCUAAAUCUUGAAGCAACACAACAGUAGUUCUCUAGGUGAAGCAUUAAAAUAAUGAAGAACCCCUUCCCCCCUCCAAUCCAAAGAGUGCCAACCCCUAACCCAAAUGUAACACAUAAGAGGUAGGCAGUGCAUUUCCUUUGCAGCUGUAUCCAAGCGCUCACCCUUCACCCAAGGUGCACACGUGCAGGAAAUCAUGCACAGCACUAAUGCAGUUUGUUACAAGUGCUGCACCUGAGCACUGCUCCGAGUGUCAGCCCCCAUGGGCAGCUGGGUGAGUGGUGCCCAGCAAGCUGAAGGCUCAGCAUCCCAAUGCUGGAGCUUCCUCAUAUAGCACUUGAGUAUUCAGGCUCCUGUUUCAAUGUGUUAAUUACAUAAUUAGCCUUGCCCCAGUCAGGUCACAUCGCGUUCAAUCCAACUGCUGUCCUUGUGCUGUAUGAUUCUCAUACAGAGCUUUAAAUCAUUCCAGUGUGCAGGAAGCUCAGCAAGCAGCUCUGGCAGGCGAUGCAGCGCAUCCAGAAAACACAUGAUGGAAUGGAGCUGGAGAGAUGAACAGUGAGAAGCACUGAUCCUCAGUGGGUGGCGUGUGGGGUGAGGCAGCUUUAAUGAGGAUAUCCAGCUCAGGCUGAUCCCCUUCCACCCAGGCUGCUGAAGAAAGAGCAGAGACAAUGCUGACAAGUCCUGCACCGUGCCCCACUCAAUCUCACACCGCCGGGGAUGGCUGGAGCUGGCAGUCAGGCCUGGAUGGGCCCUUUGUCCGCUUCUUUCCCGAGCAAAGAAUGCAUCACAGCUUUAGAUGAACUAUUUCCAUAGGGGGUUUGGGGAUCUGCAUGCAGGCAGGGCUGCUCUCCUGGCUUGCCAUGUCUGCAUGAGGCACAAGAGGUGCGGGUCUGCCACAAGCUGGUAGCACCUCAGCCCAGCAACCUGACCUCUGCUGUGGCAAUGCUGCAUCAUAAGGAACAUUCAGCCUUCUGAGCCUCAGCAGGAGAGCUGGUGGAGAACUGGCCCGGAGGGCUGAGGGCUCUCCUCCCAGCAGCUCACUGGCACCAAGCAGAGGCACAGCUCCAAACCUCCCUGGUUCCCCGAGGACAGGCUUGGCUCAGCACCUAUGAUUAGUAUCAACUGUACUUUCCGGAGGGGGGGGGGGGGGGGGAGGUUAAUUAGUUCAGGUGAGGCAACUACCAACAAUUGGCUGCUGCAGCCCAUGUCUCUUGGCAAGCACCCACAUCCCCAACAAGCAGCUCACAUAUCAAAGGGACUGCCUGCUCCACAGGCAGACCCACCCUGCACAGCUGCCCCUGCCCCACAUGUGGGGGGUACGGAGAGCUUUCCCUGCUACGUACCCCCGUGCAAGGCUGCAGCAUGGUGGGAAAAAAGCCAUUGAGGUACUGCAAGGAUGGCUUCAGAGCCUUGGGUAUACGUGCACAAAGCAUCCUCCUCCUUCCCAAACCCUCCUCUCAAGGUGUCAGAGAGGGAAGGCGAUUGCCUGGAGGUAGUGGAGGGUGGAAGCUUCAAAGAGGGAACUUUACGGAGGAAGGAUGAGACAUCUAACUGUGCAAAAGAGGAGGUAGGCAAGGCCAAUUCCUACCUCAAAUGAAGUUUAUCGGCACAUUCUAAUGGGAUCCCAACUAACCUUCCAAGUGAAGUAGCAAAAUAAAACACUUCAGCCAUUGAGAACUAGGCUGGUCAAAGAGCCCCGACGAACAAUCCUGCAUUGUCCAGGCAGCCAGGAAACAGAUUUAUUGGGUCACCUGGGCCAUCUCCAGUUUCAGCGAAAUUGUCCUGUUCUAGGGAUGGUUCCAACUCCUCCUUUGGCACUGCUGCUGUCCUUCACCAGACAGCGGGAACCACAGGAAGGGGAGGGGAGAGGUCCAGGAAAACACCCCGCUUUUUCAAGGUUCAGGAAAAGCAUUUCGAUCAGAUGCUUCUGUCGUGCCAGACAUUUCCCAGGUUGGAUUCCCUUGGACUAAGGCUGCUCUGGUGGUGGAAAGGAAACACGUCUGUGGCUCAAACGGUGGCGACCUGCCAACUGGAUCAGGGCUUCGCGUCCUCCAGCACAGAGGGGACUCGGCUGCCAAAUAUCUGAUGAGCCUGCCCAAGUUCCAGGUUAUGCUUCCCAAGCCCCUCACCAAGGCUCUGCACACAACGCCGCUCACCAGAGCACAGAUCCUACUCUAGAUCAGAUACAUCUCCACAUGGAUAAAAGCAUGUGGGAAAGAAUAAUAAAGCCAACCCUUCCAGUGCUGCGUAGCCCAGGCAGCCUCGCAGAGCUGCAGCCGCUGGGGGUGAGUUCUCACUGACAUGCUGGGAGCAAACUGCUCUGCACCGCCUGCCUCUUCUGUACAGAAACAAAGCAGCCUGGGAAGCAACAGUUGCAGAGAGGGUUGAAUCUGUUCCUCAACACAAAGUAGCGAAGGAGGGGCUGCGGAUUGACUCAAGGAAAACCCUUCCCAAGAAGAACCGUCCAACAAAGAAAAGAUGUAGGAAAUGCUGAAGCAACAAUGUACUUCUGCCUGAGUGCUUUGCCCUUGGUGAGAAACACAAGGAAAGAAAGAUCACCAAGGGGGAAAAAUAUAUAUAUCAAGCAAUGGAAGGCAGGAGGAUUAGAGGCUAAUUGCAAUCACA